AUGGAGGAGUUAAAGGACACGAGCAUACACCAUACGGCCCUGCGGUUGGCCGAUGACGUGAAAACGAUGAAGCUGUAUGGUAAUCUGUACAAGAUGGUGCAGAAACUGUCCUGCUCGCCCGAGGUGGACAAAGACGACAUGAAGCAAACACUAGAGGGUGCUAUCAAAGCAAACGGGCUGGAGAUCGAAAUCCGUAACGUGAUCUACCAUCUGAUUCGCAACAGUGUGAAGGGUGACACUCGUCCGACGCCGGCCAGCAGCGAUCCAUUGAACUAUCUACGCCGAGCAGGUGUCCAGUGGGAACGGCGGGUACGCAAGUCGCUGAACUCGAUGUGCUCGGAAUCGAAAGCGCAGCUACACGGUCAGAUGCGCACCGCAUCCGACCGGGAGGAGAUCCUCUCCAAGUGGGACGAACUCAGCACCUAUCAGAUCGAUCUCAGCAUCUUUCGACCGGUGUACGCUCCCAAAGAUCUGCUCGACGUGCUGCUAUCGCUCAAGGGACCGAUGAAGCAGGAUGAGACUGAGUACAUCUGACGCGAUCGUAACGCGUUCAUGGGCAUCCGGCUCGAAUGCCAUUCUUAUCUCUACAAUUGUCUUUCUUACAGCUUUCUACCAAAAUGGGAGUUCUCGCAUAUCUCGCUUACCGUGAAGAACCUGUUUGAACUGCGCGUGCACUUCUCUGAGCUGCUGCGCAACGAUAACACGUUCGGUGACUGGUCGACCACGUGCCAGAAGAUCCUUAAAACGCGCCAUGCUCCGCUGUGCCAGCAAGCGCUAAAAAAGGGUGUAACUCCACCGCCACUCCGUGGUGCGCUCUGGGCCUACGUUCUCGGAAGUCACGUGGAGCAGCAUCAUGUGGAACACUGGGAGAGCCUGCGGCAAUCGGUGCUGACGAAUGAAUCAAUCGUUGAUAAGCUGGUGUUCAAGGAUGUGCAGCUCACGGCAACCAAUGAUGAUCGUUACUUUGUGUUUGAGGAUGUGUUGUAUCAGAUAAUGCUGUGCUUUAGCCGGGACACAGAGAUCAGUCAACUGAUACAGGUGGAGUUUACCAAUUCCGCCAAAGCGAAGCAGUACGAGGGUCCGCCGUGUGGCUUUGUACCUUUCCAUGGCAUCUGCAUGCUAGCCGCUCCGUUCUGUUACCUGUACGAUAAUCCUGUUUCGCUGUACUACACCUUUCGGGCGUUCUACGUUCGCUACUGCCACCGUCUGACCACGAUAAACACGCACUCGCAGGGCAUCGUUAGCUUGUGCCUGCUGUUCGAGAAGCUGCUGCAAACACACGAACCACAGCUUUGGUCUCACUUCCGCGAGCUACAGAUACAACCGAUUCGUGUCGUGUUCAAGUGGUUGAUGAGGGCCUUCAGUGGUCACCUGCCUCCAGAGCAGCUGCUUAUCCUGUGGGAUCUGAUACUCGGAUACGACAGCCUGGAGAUACUGUCACUACUGGCCAUCAUUAUACUGAGCUUUCGACGAGAGAGCCUCAUGCAGGUGGCAACGCUGGAGAACAUCGAAGCGAUUCUAUCCGAUUUGUCCUCGGUGAAGGUACUGCCACUGAUACAGCUUACACUGUCGAGGGACUAG